UUGUUUCGGAUUGGCUGUAGUUUUAAGAGUUGUGCUUCUAAUUGGUCGCUGAGUUGGUCGUCGUUUCCAUAUUUAUCUUUCAAAAUUUCUUUGACGAUUGGGUAAUUGGUAUCUGAUGGUGGGUAUCCAAUGAUAGCUUCACGAGCUGCCGAUCCUUCUCUAAGAUUUUGCAAGAGCAAGAGGUGUUUCUGGAAGAGAGGGUAUGGUUGUCGAUCGACGGCAUGUUCGAAUGCUGCCCAAAAUGUACGCCACUCUCUGAUGUCGCCUCCAAACGUAGGUAGACGCACACUGUCGACUUUAAGUGCGUUCAAUGAUGACAUGGUCGUUUGUGACGGUUCCUGA